AGGCCCGGGAUCCCGCCGGGGGGAGCUGGCUGGCUAGGCGUCCCCCCCUGCCGCCUGCCUCGCCCCCUCCUCGGGCCGCUGGGCGCGCUGCGGGCCGGGCCCCGAGAUGAUGCAGCAGCCGCCCGACGAGUCCAACUCGCCAGUCUCGCCCGCCGACGACAGCCUGAGCAACAGCGAGGAGGAGCCCGACCGGCAGCAGCAACAGCUCCAGGGCGCCGGUAAGCGCGGCGGGCGCAAGAGGCGAUCGAGUCGCAGGAGCGCGGCCGGCGGAGGCGCGGGCGCGGGGCUAGGCUCGGCCGACGAGCCGUGCAGCCCGGCGCAGGGCAAGCGAGGCAAGAAGUCGGGCGGCGGCAGCGGCGGGGGCGGCGGAGGAGGCGGCGGCGGGAGCAGCAGCGGCGGCGGGAGCCCGCAGUCCUACGAGGAGCUCCAGACGCAGCGGGUGAUGGCCAACGUGCGCGAGCGGCAGCGCACCCAGUCGCUGAACGAGGCCUUCGCGGCGCUGCGCAAGAUCAUCCCCACGCUGCCCUCGGACAAGCUGAGCAAGAUCCAGACGCUCAAGCUGGCCGCCCGCUACAUCGACUUCCUCUACCAGGUCCUGCAGAGCGACGAGCUGGACUCCAAGAUGGCCAGCUGCAGCUACGUCGCCCACGAGCGCCUCAGCUACGCCUUCUCGGUUUGGCGCAUGGAGGGCGCCUGGUCCAUGUCCGCCUCCCACUAGCGCCCCGCUCCGCUCCGCCCGCCCCGGCCGA